AAGUGAGUGAAAUAAGAUCCAUUCCUUGAACAAGACUUAGAGAGAGAAACUUUUUCCUUGUUUUUUAGAUAUCAACCAUGAAGAGAAGCAGAGGUGAAGGAGAGAUAGAGAACAUAUCCAUGGCCAAUUGCUUGAUGUUACUAGCUAGUGGAGGAGGAGGAAGAGUUGGAAUUGAGUCUGAAUCGGUGGCUAACUCGGCGGGUCGGAGAUUUGAGUGCAAGACUUGUAAUAGACAAUUCCCGUCGUUCCAAGCGCUAGGAGGACAUAGAGCAAGUCAUAAGAAGCCGAGGAUGAUGGAACUUGGGAUGGAAGGAGAGGAUUCACAUCAACAGUUACGACUUCAAAACACACCCACGAAGCCUAAGACGCAUGAGUGUUCCAUAUGUGGUUUAGAGUUUGCGGUUGGGCAAGCUUUGGGUGGGCACAUGAGACGACAUAGAACCGCCUUGGCCGGAGGAGGAGGAAGAGGAGGUGGUGGUGGUAGCUUAUCUCCACCGCCAACAGCACCACGACCACAACCGACUACGACGAAGACAACGACAACGACAACGACACAAGUGGCGGUGUUAAAGAAGUCACAGAGUAGAAGGGUUUUAUGCUUAGAUUUGAACUUGACACCUUACGAGAACGGAAUUGGAUUGGAGUUUCCGCUUGGGAAGAUCUCAUCGACCGUCCCGUCUGUGAUUGCUUGAUGAUUCUCAUGCCCCUCCUUCCUCCUCCACCAUUUGCGGCGUUGCCUCGCACUCUCCGCCACGUUUUUCGUGGCGUUCUUCUUCUAUUUAAUUUAAUUUAAUUUUUUUUUUUACAUAUUUAUUCAUUUAAUUUACAUAACAUAGACGUACACAGAGACGCCAUAUAUAGACAGUUCGGUGGUGUACAUAUCGUGUUUAAUGAGAAUUUAAUUCAGUUUUUCCUA